CGUUGUUCCGGCCCGGCACCGACGGUGACCCCGGCCCCGACGGUGGCCCCGGCCCGGCCCGGCCCGGCCCGGCCAUGCUGUGCCACGGCGAGGGCCUGCUGAGCUCCCUGACGGCUCUGAUGGCGCUGGCGCUGGCGCUGAGCCGCAGCCCGGCGCUGGCCUGCCUGCUGCCGGCCGGGCUCUACCUGGCGCUGCACCUCUUGGCCCUGGAGCCCGCGCCGCCCCAGAGCGCGCAGCGCGUCCUGCGGCCCCGCGGCGCCGCCGCCCGCAUCGCGCACCGCGGCGGAGCGCACGACGCGCCCGAGAACACGCUGGCCGCCAUCCGACAGGCAGCUGAGAAUGGAGCAACGGGUGUGGAGCUGGACCUUGAAUUCAGUGCAGAUGGUGUCCCCAUUCUCAUGCACGAUGACACAGUUGAAAGGACAACUGAUGGGGCUGGGAGACUGCAGGACCUGACUUUUGAGGAAAUCAGGAAGCUGAAUCCAGCUGCAAAACACAGGCUACGGAGCCAAUUCCAGGAUGAAAAGGUGCCAACUCUGAGAGAAGCUGUUGUGGAGUCUAUGCAUCACAAUCUCACAAUCUACUUCGAUGUCAAAGGCCAUGCAAACCAGGCAGUUGAUGCCCUGAAACAACUCUACCAGGAAUUUCCACAGUUGUAUAACAGCAGCAUUGUCUGUUCUUUCAUGCCAGAUGUUGUUUAUAAGAUGAGACAAGCUGACAGAAAUGUUGUGACAGCACUGACCCACAGGCCCUGGCAGCUGAGUCACCUGGGAGAUGGGACACCCCGAUUCAGUUCCUCCUGGAAGCACUUCUUGUACAUGGUGAUGGAUGUCAUUCUGGACUGGAGCCUGCACAGUUUCUUGUGGAGAUUGUGUGGGGUUUCAGCUUUCCUCAUACAGAAGAAUUUUGUUUCUCAGGACUAUGUGAGGCACUGGUCUUCCAGAGGAAUUCGAGUGGUGGCCUGGACAGUGAACACAUUUGCAGAGAAAAGCUACUACGAGAGUGUACUUGACUGCAGCUACAUCACCGACAGCUUGGUGGAGGACUGUGACCCCCACUACUGAGCCAGCCAGGCACACUGCCCUCCUGGGCAGGGCUGCAGCCAGCAGUGCUGAUGGACUGCUGAGGAGAGCUCUGGGAAAGGCAGAGCAGCACUUGGCUUCUACCUGUGGUCACAUCUCAAAUGCAGGUGCAACCACAGAGUCUGAGGAAAUCACUGUCAUGUGAGAGAAUCAGAUAAUUUUGGUGUCAAAAUUUCAAAUCCUAAAUUGAUGUUGGUAAUUUUAACUAGCAUGUCCUACAAGUGUAUACUAAUUUGAGGUUGAUUUAUAGCACCUUAAGAUCAUUUACAUUACUAUUCUUAAAGCAGAAACUGGAAAUAAUGGUACAAUGGUGCCAAAAUAGAAGAUGAGUAUAUUUCCCUGCCCUGUGUGGAAAGAUGGUUGUGCUGAAUACUGAUGAGGAAAAAAAGCCAACUUUCCAUGUGUGAUGUGAAGGUUAUGAGAAUUAACAAAUAAAACUUGAUUAGCUUCUUAUCUUCCAGACCUUUUAAGAGAAACAGUGGAGGAUAGGAAAUUGUUUCUUCUAAUGAAGAAAAAAACACAGCACAUGAAUGUAUUUAUUUUUAAGAUAAAGCUAUAUAUAGAGUGCUGGUAAGCAGUAGAACAAAUGGAGCUGAAAUGUCUUUUUAGUUUGCUUUUGGCUGCAUGAUUGAAGGGCACUCAGAGGGAUAUGGAAACUGUAAUCCAGAUUUAACUUGAACUCCAAAGAGUCUGCAGUUACAAUAAACGAGUCUUUGACAAUUCA